AUGAGGAAAAUAAUCUCAUUACAUAUUGGAUAAGGUGGUGUUUAAUUAGGGAAUUCUUAUUGGGAAUUGUUUUAUUUAGAAUACGGGGUUAAAUAUGAUGGAUUAAUUAAAAAAGAAAUAAAAAAUUAAGAGGAAUAUGGUGAAGUUUUUAAAUUCUUCUUAGAAAAUAAAGAAGGAAACUAUUCACCAAGAUCUUUAUUUAUAGACUCAGAAUCAAAAGCAGUAUAAAAAGUGAAAUAUGGAGCAAAUAGAGGAUUAUUUAGACAAAAUUAAUUUAUAUAUGGCAAAGAAUAAGCUUCAAAUAAUUUUGCUAGUGGACAUUAUUAAAUUGGAAAAGUAUACAUAGAUAUAAGCUUAGUUAGAGUAAGAAAAUUAGUUGAAGAUUGUUCAUAUCAAUAAGGAAUAAUUUAUUUAAUUCAGUAAGGGGUGGUACAGAUUCAGGUUUAGGUGCCUUAUUAUUAGAAAGAUUUUCAGAUGAUUAUUCAAAGUAAAUUAAAAUGGGAAUCAAUCAAUAUUUACCAAUCUCCUUUAAAGGAACUGCUUUAGUUGAACCUUAUAAUGUAAUUUUAUGUUUGCAUUCUUUUAGAUAAUCAAGCCGUUAAUGAAAUUUUUAAUAAGAUUCUUGAUAUUGAAUGUCCUAGCCAUACCAAUUUAAACAAACUUCCAGCCUAAGUUUACUCUUCAUUAACUGCUACUUUAAGAUUUAAUGAAUCUCUAUUUUGAGAUAUUACAGAAUUUUAAACUAAUCUUGUUCUACCUCGUCUUCAUUUUAUGUUAUGUUCUUACUCACCUAUUUUAUCAAAUUGGAAAACUUGUUUUUAAUAACAAAAAACUAAUGAUAUUUCAAUUUAAGUAUUUGAACCAUAAAAUAUCAUGCUUAAAUGUAAUGAUUUAUUGGGAAGAUUUAUGGCUUGUUCAAUCUUUUAUAGAGCUAUGA